AUGGUGGUUUGUUUUUGUGGAAAGCUUGCUUUGGUGAAAACGUCUUGGACACCACUGAAUCCCGGCAGGAGGUUUUAUGCUUGCCCUACUAAGGAUUCUGUUUGUGGGUUUAUCGGGUGGGUUGACCCACCUAUUUGUGCUAGGAGUAAAACCAUCAUACCUGGUCUUCUAAGAAACAUAAAUACAUUGGAGGAAAGAUGUAAUGGGCUGGUAAGAAGUAUCAACAUGUUACAGGAACAGUGCAAUGGACUUUUGAGCAGGAACAACAUGUUGGAGGCAAGGUGUGAUGCAUUGAAGGAUGAAGGUUUCAAGCUGAAGAUGUAUUUAUGUGCAAGUUGGUUUAUGUUUGUGAUUGUUAUCUUUAGUACUUGGUCUAUGUAA